UCUAGCAGCAGAAACAACUGUUGGAGUCUUGCAAGCGAUGUACCCAACAUCACAGGUUUCAAUCAAAGCACGAGAUGUCCCUGAACUUAUAUCCAGUGUGGUAGAAGUAAUGACAUGCAAAAGUAAUCCGGACAGAGGCUUUUGGAUGAAAACGUCACGGUCAAGUGGCAUAUAUCCAGACUAUGAGGCUGACAUGACAACACAAAAAGUGUCUGACAAACAACAGACAACAACAAAUGGCAUUAUAAUUCCAAGAGGAUUUUCAAUGAAACCUUCGCAAUCUAGUGGCAUAUAUCCCGAUCAUGAAAUAGAUUUCACAGCACAGACAAUUUCAGACAUACAGACAACAUCAAACCAAUGUAUCAUUACUCCAAGAGAUCAUGCAUUUGACCUUCCAGCCAGAGGAACAAAAAAGCGAAGAAUUAAAAUUGGAGAAAUAUCAGGUCCUAUGGCUCCAGCUCGAGGUGCACUAUCGGAUCGUCAGUACCACAGAAAGGACGAAUCAAAAAUUCUGCCAACAAAACGUUUGGGAGUGGAUCUCAAAGAGAUAUAAGACACAAAAGUUGAUUGUAAUCAUAUAUUUUUAUUUGUAACAACUCCC